GCGCAAACACGUUGUGUCGGAUGUUUUGAUGAUCGGUCGCUUAUCUUUUCUUACUCCGUGUGCCCCCCGUCUCACUCUCUCUCUCUCUCUCUCUCUUUCUCUCUCUCUCUCUCGAAUGGAGCGAGAAAAAAAAAAGGAAGAAAAUUCCCACGGAAUCGGCCGCAUCCGACUAUCCGUGCAACGAAUGUACCCGAAUGGCAGGCGGUGAUGACAUUAACGAUGCCUCGGUGAAAUGUCAUGUGCUGUGUGUGCGCGCGAUCAAGGAAGUUCAACCGUGUCGUUUUCCUAAUUCAGUGUUCGGUGCCGUGGCCGAAUCGUAGCAUUCAUAGGCGACUCAGAAUUUUCUCACCCGCCGCGAGAAUCGGUCCUCGCGCGUCACCGUUUUAAACAUCAUCUCCGUCGCCGAUCGCGUUGCAUCGCGUCGCUUAUCAUGUUUCCUUCUGGCGUGAACAAUGUUUCCAUUUUUUAAGAAGUCUGGGCAAAGAGACUGGCUCAGAUCUUUGCAAGCUUCCCCCACAAAACCGACGAGUUCUGGGAAUUUCUUUGGUCAUGUAUUUAACGGAGGUUCGUCCGUUCAAACAUCAACAGGUGUACUGUGCAGCUUUGAGGAGGAAGAGGAAGAUCAAACUUUCAAUGGGGACGACGCGUGGUGCUUCAGCUCGCAACUUUCUAAGACUCUUCCACAGAUCCUCGCGGAUAAAGGUGCUUUAGGUUACUUCAUUCAGUUUAUGGAGACAAGGAACUGUUUAGCGCUUAUUAAGUUCUGGUUGGAAGUGGAGUGCUUGUGUAGUUCGGUUAACAUAGAAGAGACUAGGAAGGAGGACGUUGGGUCGAUAGAUUACACGGAGAAUGAUAAUAGUCUUUCUAAUACAGUGGACGACAAUAAAAAUUUCCACUGUCAGGUGACUCAGAAUAAUGGUAAUGAAGUUGAUAACACGUUGUUCAGUGAGUAUGUAAAUAAUAAUGAUAAGAAAUCAAAUUGCAACGAUAUGCCAAAGACUAGUCAAACUAUAAGCAGAACUGGACAAUCGAAUUACAACUGCAAGAGACGAGACAUGACAAGGCAGGAUGCGUUAAGAAUUUAUAAGAAGUAUAUCACGAAAGAUGCGUUGGGCAUAAAUCAAAUUCCCGAAGAUUUGAAGGCGGAGAUGGAGAAAGCUUUGGCUUCCGAAAAUAUUGAGCCUAUGUUGCAGUGCCUAUCAGCUGUUCAAGAAAUCGUAUACAAUAUAUUAGAAAACGAGCACAUCAACGACUUCUCGAGAAGCGAAUAUAACUGCAAACAUCAAAUUGAUGUUCUUACAAGCGGCAAUGUCCAGUUGACAGACAUACUAUACAAUGAAACUGCGUUCUUUUACUUUAUGGAGUUCAUGGAACUCGAAAAUAAACGAGAGCUGCUGGACUUUUGGAUGUCUGCUAUCAACUACAAGCAGAACUUGUUGGAAAAGAAGAGUGCCGCAAAUCCCGAGGAAGCCCAGUCCGAUGCAUUGAUCAUUUAUGAUAAAUAUUUUAGUCUGCAAGCGACGAAGUCACUUGGUUUCAGUGAUAUAAUCCGAUUUCAAGUAGAAGACAAUAUAUGUCACGAGGAUGGGGAGGGACCACGACCAGACUGUUUUGAUAAGCCCUGUAAAAUUGUAUAUAAUUUUUUGAAUAAGCAUUAUCUACCUACUUUCUUAUCAUCACAGUUAUAUUACAAAUACUUGUCGGAGUUGAUCAAUACCAUACAAAGCAGUCCAUGCUCGAGUAUGCACGCUAGGAUAAAAAGAGCAGGUUCGGAUUGCAGCAGCGUAAGUUCCAUUAGUAUUAAUAUGCAAAGUACCCUGCAGGCAGGGAAUGAAGGGAGGUCGACAAAUAGCAAAGGAUCCAUCGGCGGUGGCAUGAACAUCGACACCAGGCAACUUUACGAUCCGGAUUCCCUAUGGAAACGUAAUAAAUAUAGUUUGAGCGUGGGUUAUAUCGAUGCCUUAGGAAGGUUUAUAACCGAAAUAGAACCGGAUCCUCAAAGAAAAUGUGAAUCGCGCUUAGCACGUGUUGUAAAAAGACUUGUAAAUAUGGACAAUGAUAAGGCUAAAGAAGAAUUAGCGUGGAAGAUUGCCGAGAUGAUUGUUCGUGAAAUAACAUCAUUGACCCUGGGAGCCUCGAAUUUUUCAUCUUGAUGACGGAAACUGCGUUGCGAGGAUAUCAAUUUGUUUCUUUUUUUCCAAACGAUAUACUUCACGCUUCGAACGGACGAAGGUAAUUAUAUUAUUUAACAGAUGAAUAUUUUGCUUUUUUCAAUCGCGAAUACUUUGCCAAAGUGCCAAAACGAACGAGACGAAUAAUGUUUUAUUACAUUCUAAGAACGAAAUUCAGAGAGAGAGAGAACAUGGUUUGCGUUCAUGUUUGUCAAUUAUCGUAAUUUUUAUCGCUGAUGUAUUCUUCUUGUGUACGUUAUAUAUGAACGAUCCGUGCAUUUAUGUUGAGUCUAUUAUAAGAUUACAAUUGUGAUCAGCAUAGAAUUAAUAAGUACAGAUAUAUUAAUCUUUUUUUGAAUUCGAGCUCUGGUUACAAGAUCAUCGUAAAUGUCGUUGUCAAGUAUUUGAUAUAGUUUCGUAUUAUAAAUUAAACAUAUUGUACCAUUUCGUUUGCUGAACGGAUGAAAUACCGCGCGACUUAUCGAAGUAGCAUACAUUUUUUUUUUUAUCCGAAGGUGAUCUUUUUUCUACUGCUUUUUACUUUGAUGAGAUUAAAUGCGCUGUCUUCUUUUCGCCGGAGAUGAUAUUAACGAUGAACAAAGCCUAUUGCUUUUUGUUCGAUAAUUAUGUUAAUUUUUCGAUCGUCCGACUGCCAAGUACUUCUCGCAAUUUAAGUUUUUUUUAUGCUGUGUCGUGUAACUUUCUUCUCGGGGAAUAAUGUUUUUCACUUUACAAAAAUCUAGAAAAAGACUAAAAAAAAGACAAUUUUGCUACCAACGAAUAAACCAGUGACGAAGUUUAGGACAUAUCGGCAUCGCCUAAGAUGCGAUUAGAGUGCGUUAUUAUGUAUGUGGCUCAAUAUUCAGGAGAGUAAAAUUCAUUGUAACUGUAAGAAUCAUUAACCUGCUAUGCCACACUUAGGGUAAAUUCAACCCCAAAGAAUUUAGUAAAAUAAUCGUAUUGGUUUUUUACUAACAGAAGUAUAUUGCUUCCAUUUUAAUCCAAUUGUGUCCCUUGCGAUCGAGAGAAGCACUUUUCAUUUAUCGUUAGAAAAGUAAAACAUUUACCUAACAGAUUUACAAGCGAAAGUUGUUCGACUCAGAGGGGAAAUUCUUCCAUAUAAUCCUUACACAUUAGACAUAUACGUAUAUAGCAUCUUGGCAGUAUUUAUUCUAAUUUACUCUAGAAUAGACCAUGUAAGUAAUGUAAAAAAGGAGUGUGGUAUGUCCGUGUUGUUACUGUAUAGUUACAGAAUCUUUAUACACGAUCAGUCUUAUAAUGUUAGUAUUAGUAGUUAGUAACUUAGCUUUACGCAAAGAUUAUUUUAUGGAAAUUCAAUCUAUUUUUAAACAGCGACUUUUGAAAGAGGAAAACGAAUGACAUAUAUCCUAAGUGAACCAAUUUAAAUUUAAGCGUGUAAACUAUGAGAAACAGUUCGUGACUAAUAUUAAAUUGUUAGUCGAUAACGUUGAAAUCGUUGUACAUUAUCGUUCUUCUAGCAUCAAAGCAAGCGAAUGACAGUAAUAUUGGAUUGGUCUGUAAAUAACUUCAACUUUCAAUAUUUAUUUCAAUUCGAUAUAUUUUUCAACGCAAUAGAUAUAUCAAAAUGUUUCUGUUAUUAUUUAAUUAAAUUAUACCACGUCAGAAGUUAUUUAUGACGCAGUCCAAUAAUUUAACAGUUAAGCUUUAUUGUUUCCUUUUAUUGUUGCGUACACUUUCAUUAUGCUUGUCGUGUUCAAAAUGAAAAAACUGUCUUCGUAUUUCUACUGAGUAAUUUUUUGGUGCUAUGAAGAGAGGGAGGGAAAUACAAAGUGAGCUAAUUGAUCGAAAAUUAAGUAGUCUUGUAAAAAGAACAUAUAUGUAAACAAUGUCCUCGGAAUGUCUUUAAAACACUUAUCACUA